AGAAAAACAGUGGACUGUGUGCAGCGACUUCACGGGAGACCGUUUGCAGUCAAAUUGAGGAGCUUGUGUUAGAAAUGUCGAUUUACAGGAAUGCCGUUUGGUUUGUAAAAGGUCUCCAGGAGUACACAAAGAGCGGCUAUGAAGCUGCAGCGAAGCAUUUUGCUCCAGCAGACCUGGAUGUGAACCUGAGUGGGAGGUCCUUCAUCAUAACAGGUGCCAACAGUGGGAUAGGGAAAGCCACAGCGCAGGAGAUCGCCAACAGAGGAGGAACCGUUCACAUGGUCUGUCGAAGCAAGGGGCGAGCAGAGGCAGCCAAAGGUGAAAUUGUGGAACAGAGUAAAAAUCAGAAUGUUCACGUCCACAUCGUCGACAUGUCCAGCGCGAGACAGGUGUGGGAGUUUGCCCAGAACUUCUCCCAAAACAACACUGUGCAUGUGCUGAUUAACAAUGCAGGCUGUAUGGUGAACCAGAGAGAGUUAACUGAGGAGGGUUUGGAGAAGAACUUUGCCACUAACACGCUCGGUACUUACAUCCUCACCACAGCACUGAUACCUGCACUGAAGAAGGUUGAAGACCCAAGAGUGGUCACAGUGUCGUCAGGCGGCAUGCUCACACAGAAGCUGAACGUGGACGACCUCCAGUUUGAGAAGGGGGCGUUCGAUGGCACCAUGGCCUACGCUCAGAACAAAAGACAGCAGGUGAUUCUGACAGAGAGAUGGGCCUCCCAGCACAAAGAGAUCCACUUCUCCUCCAUGCACCCUGGCUGGGCAGACACACCAGCUGUCCAGACGUCCAUGCCAUCAUUCCACGCUAAGAUGCAGUCCAAACUAAGGACAGAGGCCAUGGGGGCCGACACCGCGGUGUGGCUCGCUGUGUCUCCAUCCGCCAUAAUGCAGCCGAGCGGACUCUUCUUCCAGGAUCGUAAAGCGGUGGGGACCCACCUGCCGCUGGCCUCCUCCAGGUCCACACCACAGGACGAGGAGAGGCUGCUGACUGCGCUGGAGGAGUUCGCCCUCAAGUUCAAACCAUAAUGUCUCUGUAAAUGCACUCGUCUAAAACCAGGCACUCCUCAAUAAUGCUCAAAGUUUACAUAAUCCUGCUUUUUUACGUUUUUCAGAUACUUGAAAAAACUAAAAAAAAAACUCUCAAACUGUAGUGAGUUUGUUUUUAGACAAGAACAAUCUUGUAUAGUUGUUGAGACUUUCAUCCACUACAAAACUAGACUCAAGGAAAUCCAAAUUAUAAAUACACUUACUAUGAAAUGUUGACUACUGUAGUCAUCAAGUCUAUGGGAAGGAAUAUAUCACCGGUGCUUUAAUGUAAAAUUAACCAAAAUGCAAAUUGUAUCUGAAUUAAACUUUUUUUUUUUUUUUUCUCGUCUGUCCAUGUGCGUCAUGUCUGGGGAGUAGAUAUGUAACACUCAUGGGGAGAUGGUAGGAGACAGAGUGUAGCCAAGAUUCUGCGUUAGCCUGGUGAGCUCACAAGCAGUAAUAGAUUAAAUGAAGCCACAGGUCAGGUUUGGGUCUUAAAUUUGGAAGUCGUCACUGAGUUCAGGAAGGUCUUAAAAUAUAUACUGUAGUACAGGCCAGGUCCCGGUCCAUCUAGAACCCUGCCACCGCUGUGUUUAAAGCCAUAUUGAGACAUUUUCCUCUUUUAUUUUACUUCACAGUAAUGUUAAUACUGGAUUAAUGAUGAUCAAUAAUGCUUUUUUGGGUCUCUAAAGCACUGACAGAGACACAAAAGUGAGCCUUAAUAUUAUUCACUAAAGGGCCAAAUCAUUUGCACUUAAAAUGGAAAUACUUUUAUGUUGUCAUAUAUUUUCAAACUGAAGACAAGUCUGAUACUGAAAGUGCAACUGUUGUUCACACUGAUAAAUGCUGAUUACUGAAUGAAAACAACCAGCUAACUGAUGAGGUGAUUUCACAAAUAAAAAAAAUACCAAACUGGA